AUACAGCAAAAGUACCUGCAGCUUGCUCUUAAAGCAAAUUCCUGGCCAGGGCUUGCAAGACCAAUUUUUUUCCUGACGAGUGCCCUUUAUCAAAGGCUGUACUCGUAAGUUAAUAUGGUUUAAAGCUUUCAAAUGGCAAAUCUCUGCAACGCUUUGGAAGCUGUGAGGCGAGAUUUAAGGCGAACCGACAGAGAAAUAAAGAGGCGCUUAAGGCUUCUAGAUAUGCACUGCUGCCCUAAACCCUGUGAAACUCGAUGCCUCUGUGACAUCUCUCUCCACCCAUAUUGUUGUUGCCUUCUCCAUCCGUUUCCACACUGCUUAUGUGACAUCCUGUGCUGUCGGCCCUGUUCGCCCUGCCCACCCUGCCGGCCCAUCUGCAUCACGCCUUUGGAAAAGAAGGCCAUCAGGGCAAAGAUCGAGGCUGAGCAAGAACUGGCCAGGAUUCGAAGAAGGGUUUGUAAGAUGCUGGCACAAUGUAAUCGCCCUAAGCUUUUAGCUUUAAUGGACGUUAAAGGGUUUGACCCUGAGGAUAUCACUGUGAAAGUGCAAGAUGGGAAGGUUAAAGUAUCUGCCGAACAUGAAGAAGAAUUUAAGACUUGCAGAGGGAAGGAGUACAACUACUCAACGGUCACCAAGGAGAUCUGCUUGCCACCAGGAGUGUGUGAGACUGACGUAACUUACACGAUAGGGCCCUGCAGUCUAGUGAGGAUAGAGUCACCAGGCUCACCACCUCCUUGCCUCCUAAGUCUGCUUUGAAGACGAUCAGCGCUGGUAGCUGUUCAGUGUAAGGAUGUAACUUCAGUGGAUCCUCAGGAGGACUGUUGUUUUGUUCUGCUGUAACAUCACCCUUUAAGCAUGUGUAACAGCCACGUUAUCCUUCUUCCCAAAACGAAACUGCUGCACA